AUUAAUACAUUCAUUCGAUGGAUUAUUUUGUUUCCAUCUGAACGUUUGUUUACAAUGUUCGCGAUUGCUUUGCUUUUCCUUUUCGUGGGGUCGUCUAUUGGCUACUUACAAUUAGAUAAAAAGCCCAUUCCAGAAUGGAAUCCAGUGUACACAGUCAAAGGAUUGCUAUUCAUACCCUAUGCUGAGCUUCGUGAGCCUUUCUAUGCCUGGUUUGACAGCAAGAAUGGCAAGUCCCGUAUCGACUACUACGGCGGAAUGGUGAAGACUUACCAGCUCUCAACAGCAGCCUACCCAAGUUACGGCACAUCUAUUAAGAUAGCGCCGGUAACUACUGAGAAGGAGUUAAACAAGGACACAUGUCUGCAAGUAAACGGUACUAAGGAUGAGGCGAUUUCCGUACAAACUGUCCUACCGGAUAUGACAGACUUUAGCUAUGUUGGUACAGAUGUGAUGGAGGAUUCGGAGACGUUCAAAUGGCGGAUGGUGAAGACUAUUGGCGACAAGAUCAACAAGUACACCAUGUGGGUGAAGUACAAGAAGGCGCUCCGUGGUGACCCGGUCGCUAUACCUGUUAGGUACGAGAUGAAGGGCUUCAACUCUCUGCUUGGCUCUCAUUAUGAUCACUACUACAUCACAUACACGGAGUACGAUGUCGAGGAUAUUGAUCCGACGGUGUUCGAUGUGGGAUCCGGGUACCAGUGCACCUCGUUCCCGGGCCCCGGGUCUCGGCACUACGCAACAUUCAACCCCAUGAAGGAGUUCGUUCAUCCCGUACACGAUGUUCAUGUUGAUGAUGAAUUUGAGAGAUUCAAGACAAAACACGACAGAGAAUAUGACAGUCAUACAGAACAUAUGACGCGUCUAAAUAACUUCAGACAGAAUCUCAGAUUUGUCCACUCGAGCAACCGCGCUCGUCUCGGCUUCACGCUGGCAGUGAAUCACCUCGCCGAUCGAUCUGAUGAUGAACUGGCCGCGCUGAGGGGCCGCCGCUACAGUGGACCCAACCAUGGUCUCCCGUUCCCGUACACUCCAGCUGCUGUCGAGGACAUGAGUGACAAGGUACCUUCCGAGUUUGACUGGAGGCUGUUUGGUGCUGUCACACCUGUGAAAGAUCAGUCCGUGUGCGGUUCCUGCUGGUCGUUCGGAACGGUGGGAGCUGUUGAAGGCGCGCUGUUCUUACACAACGGCGGGCACCUGGUGAGGCUCAGUCAACAGGCCCUGAUAGACUGUUCCUGGGGUUUUGGCAACAACGGCUGCGAUGGGGGUGAAGAUUUUAGAGCGUAUCAGUGGAUCAUGAAGCACGGUUUACCCACAGAAGAGGACUACGGUGGUUACUUGGGACAGGACGGCUACUGCCACGUGGACAACGUUACGCUGGUCACCACUAUGAAGGGAUGGGUGAACGUUACCACCAAUAGUGAGAACUCACUCAGGUUGGCGAUUUUCAAACAUGGACCGGUAUCUGUAGCAAUCGAUGCAUCACAUAAGACAUUCAGCUUCUAUUCGAAUGGAGUGUACUACGACCCAGCGUGCAAGAACAAGGUCGAAGAACUCGAUCACGCGGUCUUAGCCGUUGGUUUCGGCAUACUCAAAGGCCAGAAGUACUGGCUGAUAAAGAACUCAUGGUCCAACCUAUGGGGUAAUGAUGGGUACAUACUCAUGUCCAGUAAGGACAACAAUUGCGGAGUCGAAUCUGCACCUACAUAUGUGCUUAUGUAAUUUUUAUAUGUACCAGUUAAAAAGUGAUUUUAUU